AUGCGCGCACGCGAAAUUGUGCAUUUGUCGUUUGGCGGCGCGGCGAACCACGCCGCGACGCAUUUCUGGAAUGCGCAAGAGUCGUACUUUGAGUACGGUACACAGGCACAGGCACCUAUUGUAGAGCACGACGUGUCGUUUCGCGAAGGACUCGGCGCCGGCGGCGCCGCAACGUAUACGCCGCGCGCUUUGCUCUUUGACGUGCGCAGCGCAUUCGGCGCGCUGCGAUGGCAUUCAUCGCUGUACGAUGCAGGGGAAAUGGAGGAGGAGCGUGAAGCUUGGCAAGGAGAUGUUGUGCACUCGCACGAUGCCGUCAUGCCGAGCUGGUACGCCGCGCAGUUGGCGGAAGAAGACGCCGGGCAUACCCCGACGGACAAGCCGCAAGGGCGCGCGAUUGCGUACUGGUCUGACUAUGCGCGCGUGCAGUUUCAUCCGCGUUCGCUUGUUCCAGUGAGCGCGUUGAGUCUGUACGGAAGCACGUACCUAAACGGACCACACACGCCGUUUGAUACCUUUGAGCAGGGCUUUUCCGUUGCACAGUCGAUGGAGGGUUCUGAUGCUGUGCUGGACGAGAAUGUGCGCUGGCUUGCAGAGGACAGCGACCGUAUGCAGGGGUUUCAGAUUGUGACGGACGCCAGCGACGCGUUUUCGGGCUUCGCGGCGGCGUAUCUGGGCAUGCUCCAGGAAGAGUAUGGAAAGGUGGAUCGGCUUGCGUUUGCCAUUGCGCAGGAGACGCCACAAGGGGAGGGUCCGCGCGAUGUGUACUUGCGCCGCGUCGCUGCGAUGAACGGGGUACUGACGCUGGCUAUGCUGAGCGAGAGUGCUUCGCUGCUGGUUCCGCUCCGGACGCAUGCUUCCACCGCGCACGUUCGCCCAGAGUACACGAAUCCAUACGAAUCGAGCGCAGUGCUCAGCACGUACAUGGAGACGGCGACGUUGGAGACACGUCUGCAAACCCGCACCGAGAGCCUUGGAAACAUGGUUGCGGCGCUCAAUUGGCGGCGUGAUACGCCGUUUGCACAGCUCGCAGGGUGUUUUCCAACGCCACUACUUGCGCCUGUGCGCAAAAAACCCGACGUUGCAGAUGCGCUGCUCCAGGCUCUGUUUGCCGCAAAGAAUACGUCGUAUGAGGCGCCGCAGCAUGCGGCAGCAGCGGCACAGGCAGCGCAGUCGCUAGCACAUGUCUGGACCGAUGCCUCGUUUGCGUAUGCAGACGCGUAUACUGCAAAGCGCUCUGCACCACGCGUGUUGAGCACGCCUUACGCGGAGCGGACCAUGGCGCGCGACGCAGAUGCCAUGGCCGAGAAGCCGACACUCGCGGCGCUCGGCAAACGCAACCCAGCCAAUGCGCCGAUCUACGUGCAUAACUUUACGCCCUUGGCCUAUCCGAUCUCGAGCGCAUACCCACAGUAUUUUUACGGCCUUACCAGCGACGGGCGGCCAAACGUAAACGCGACGGAGAAGUUCACGCAGGUCAAUAGCAUGCCGACAAUUGCGUCGCUGCGCACGACGCCCGAUACGCUGCCACUCUUGGAGGAAGCGCGCAAGUUUGUAUGCCGCGUGCUGACAGGCCACGAGCCCUUGUCCAUGUUUGGCCUUGGCGCAAGUGGCAAUGCACGCGCGGCGAACGAGGAGAGCGAAGGGAGUGUGGGCGGACGCGAUGGACUCGUCGAGAUCCGCGAGACACUCGAGAAUUGGUGUGAGGCAUACGGCGGUGUCGCAGACGAAGAGACGCCAGGCUCAGACGAAGAGUGGGAGGCGCAGGCGUGGGAUGUAUAG